UGUGUCCAUUGGCGCAGUGUGUCGGUGUUCACCCUGUGCGUUGUGUUUCUUUUCGGCACUAAGAUGUCCGCAGAGGGGAGAAGGAUGGAACAGGAUCCGUCCGUUUGUGGUCCAGCGCACUGUGAACCCGGGGAGCCAAGCGUUUCCCCCAAAGACAAGCAGAGUGCUGAGAAAGCAACAACAUCUGGAAAAAGCCUGGCAGGUCAUGCAGCAAAAUCAUUGCCUCCAUCAUCGCCCUCUUCUGUUUUCGGUCGCGCUAAAAUGAGCGUGUGUGGACCGGCCAGUAAGACACAGGUCUCUCCAUCCCCCUCCGUAAUUUCCUCUCCACCGUCCACGUCCAGUCCUCCACCCAAAGUCCACAGAGCCCGCAAGACUAUGAACAGACCCCCCAUCUCACAGGUGCGCACUGUCCAGGCCACUGUAACUCCAGAGAAACCAAAAACAAGUAGCGUUUCAGAUGAUACAGCGGUAAAGAAGCAGAAGUUGGACACUGAGUCCACUGCACCCCCUGCAGAAAAGUCUGAGAAGUCCUCCGAGCAAACCACAGAGACUGCAGUGAGUGUAUCACCUGUACCUGUGGUGGAGAAGGUGGAGUCUGUUGCCCCGGAGACCAGAGAGGUGAGCUGUGGUUGGCUGGAGGAUCUAGAUGAUGAUGCAGACGAGGAAGAUUUUCACCUUCUGUACAACAGUUACGCUGGAGAUGAUGUUAUCUACUCUGACAGCAAGUCUGAAGAUGGGAUGAUGGAGGGAGAGGACAUGAGAAUGGAUGAUGAGGUGGAGAGAACAUCUGAUCAUGGAUCUUCAUCUGAUCAGCCAAAAGGAGGGCUGAAAAAGAAAGGGGAGUAUGAAUCACCAUGGAAACAGCAAAGAAAGGACAGGAAGAGAGGCACACUGCCAGCUGCAGAGACAGACAGAGCUCCUCCAGUAAGAGGUUCCAGUGAGUACACUGAGGUUCCUCUGGGUUCUCUGGACCUCUCUGCUGCAGACAGUCUCACCCUCUCUCCUCACACAGAUGACAGAGAGAUGGAGCGGAUGGAGGAGUUGCCGUUGUGCAGCUGUAGAAUGGAGGCUCCACGCGUACACAAACUCACAACUAACACACAGCCAACCUGCAUGGCCAUUGAAAGCAUCAAUGGACAGCUUGUGGGCUGUACCAACUCUGUGGUAAAGGGGGAGACGAUGCGUCCAUCCAGCCGUGUCUCUCUCAUGGUGCUGUGUGAGACUCAUCGUUCUCAUAUGGUCAAACAUCACUGCUGCCCAGGCUGUGGCUACUUCUGCCUCUCUGGAACUUUUCUGGAAUGUUAUCCGGAUGUCCGUAUCGCUCAUCGUUUCCACCGCGGCUGUGUGUCUGUGCUGGGCAGUGGGCGGAGCCGGGGCAGCUCUGUGGGUGUCGGCCUGCUUUUCUGCCCCCAUUGUGGUGAGGACGCCUCUGAGGCACAGGAGGUCACCAUUCCCCCAUUGUCGUCAUCAGGGGCAGCCGUUGUCACGGCUACUGCCUCCUCUACCACUCCGCUUUUCCCUUCUGCACUGGCAGCAACGAACACGGUGCUGAGCACCGAUAAGAGGACUGGCGAACCAAUCAGUGCGAGGAUGCAUUGGCGUGGUGAGUUCAGGAAGGCGGUGGUGUCUCAGAGCGCACCUCCCAAUGCUCCCAUAGCUUCGGGAGUGGGUGGAGUCGAGGAUGUGGUUGCUCCUUGUGAUGGGGGUGUGGACAGUGUUGGCCCCUCCCUCGUCCUUCCGAACGGAAAGCCGGUGUGUCCUGGUGCACUUCCUGCUGGAGACAGCAGGACGGCGCUGCAGAGAGCCAUUCUCAAUCAGGAGACUGAGAGGAAGAAGAAGUUGCGGUUCCACCCACGUCAGCUCUAUCCGGCCGCCAAACAGGGCGAAGUCCAGAGGGUUCUGCUCAUGCUCAUGGAGGGUAUAGACCCAGCGUAUCAGUCAGACUCUCAGAAUCGUCGCUCUGCUCUUCAUGCUGCUGCUCAGCGCGGCCUGCUGGAGAUCUGUUAUCUGCUCAUCCAGGCAGGCGCUAAAGUAGACGCCCAGGAUAAGAGUCAGAGGACCCCACUGCUGGAGGCCAUCAUUAACAAUCAGGUGGAGGUGACGAAGUAUCUCAUCCAGAGCGGAGCAUGUGUUUACCAUGUUGAGGAGGAUGGCUCCACAGGUCUCCAUCAUGCUGCUAAACUGGGGAAUCUGGAGAUCAUCACGCUGCUGCUCAACACCGGACAGGUGGACAUUAACGCUCAGGACAGUGGUGGUUGGACUCCUAUAAUCUGGGCUGCGGAACAUAAACACACUGAUGUGAUCAGAGCACUGCUGAACCGAGGAGCUGAUGUCACACUGAAGGACAAGGAGAUGAACGUGUGUGUGCACUGGGCGUCGUUUGCUGGCAGUGCUGAGAUCGCUGAGCUGGUCCUGAACGCCGGAUGUCCACUGAGCUCCGUCAACCUGCAUGGGGACACGCCCCUGCACAUAGCCGCCCGCGAGGGACACAUCCACUGUGUCACGCUGUUCCUUUCCCGAGGGGCGGAUAUUGAUGUUGUGAAUAAAGAAGGGGACACGCCCCUCUCCUUGGCGCGAGCUGAUACGCCGGUGUGGGUGGCGCUCCAGAUAAACAGGAAGUUGAGGAGAGGAAUAUCCAAUCGGAUCGUGCGGACAGAAAGGAUCAUCUGCAGCGACGUGGCGCAGGGUUAUGAGAACGUACCGAUCCCGUGUGUUAACGGUGUGGAUGAUGAAGACUGUCCGUCAGACUACAAAUACAUCUCUGAGAACUGUGAGACCUCCGCCAUGAACAUCGACCGCAACAUCACUCAUCUACAGCACUGUAACUGUACUGAUGACUGCUCCUCCAGUAACUGCCUCUGUGGACAACUCAGCAUCCGCUGCUGGUAUAACAAGGAUCAGCGUCUGCUGCAGGAGUUUAAUAAGAUCGAGCCUCCUCUGAUCUUUGAGUGUAAUCUUGCCUGCUCCUGUCACAAGAGCUGCAAGAACCGAGUGGUACAGGCCGGAAUCAAGGUACGUUUACAGCUGUACCGCACUGAGAAGAUGGGCUGGGGAGUCCGAGCUCUUCAGGACAUUCCUCAGGGAAGCUUCAUCUGCGAGUAUGUUGGGGAACUGAUCUCUGAUGCAGAAGCAGAUGUGAGGGAAGAUGAUUCGUAUCUGUUUGAUCUAGACAAUAAGGAUGGGGAGGUAUACUGCAUCGAUGCACGUUACUAUGGUAACAUCAGUCGUUUCAUUAACCACUUGUGUGACCCAAACAUCAUCCCAGUGCGUGUGUUCAUGCUGCAUCAGGACCUGCGCUUCCCCCGGAUAGCUUUCUUUAGCUCCAGAGAUAUCCUCACGGGCCAGGAGCUCGGGUUUGAUUACGGAGACCGUUUCUGGGACAUUAAGAGUAAGUACUUCACAUGUCAGUGUGGCUCAGAAAAGUGUAAACACUCGGCAGAGGCCAUCGCUCUGGAGCACAGCAGGCAGGCCCGUCUGGACUCCUUCCCAGAACCAGCCCCUGAACCUAGCUUCACCCUACCAGGAAACCCCUAAACUCCUCUCCAGACCAGUGACACAAUGCAUUAUGGGAUUUCUCAGCACUGUACAGCCGUGUUGGCUGUUAAACACAUUUAAGCCAAUGAAUUUUUUCAUUUGAUCCAUGUUGAUCUGCUCCGUUUGUGUAGAUUAUAAGAAGGUUCUGCUCUCAGUAUCCGAGUGAACGGUUCCGUUCUGAUGCUGUUCCUAAUGCACCCUCAUCCCCUUAACCUUCAUCAAGACUUCUGGCCUCCUUCAUGUUCCAGGUUGUAUAGAAAUAACUUGUUUUAUAUUAAUCAGUGUACAGUUUGGGUUUUAUUCCUUCAGAUCAUCACUGUAAUGCUUCUGGACCUCUCUCUGGUCAGGGGUCCAGACUGAGUGCUCUUGAGUACUUACGGUUUGAAGGUUCUGGAGCUAUUUUAGUGUUUUAGGAGACAUUCUGAUCGAGAGGACUUUGGAACAAUCAUGUUUCUGGGUUCUGGACCAGGUUUUGGUCUAGGGCUCCAGGAAACCCUCCUGAUUGCGAGGUUCUCCAAGUUCUUCCAGAAUACUCCUUCAUCCACGGGUUUCCCGACACAUCCUGAUCGGAAGGUUCUGGAACACAUGGAGCUGCACUUUGCUAGCAAGUCGUUUUACCAUGUACUUAGCAGAUGAUCCAGGAGGCAGAUCAGGUUAGCUCUCCACAUGCCUGAUUAAGUAGGUUGUGUGUAAACCAGAGAAGAUUCAGCUUAGUUCCUCUCCAUCUUCUCCGCUCUUUAGACGUAGCUGACAUGCACUCGGUGGUCAGGGCAGUAAGUGGACAAGGGUGCAUUAAAGCAGUGUCAGGCUUGUUUCUGUCGGCGAGUGCACUCUGUAGAGUCACUAUGUAGUGUAUAAAGUAGGGAGCUAUGCAGCAAUCCUUCAUUGUUUCCUUUUAUUUUAUUUUUUUAUGAAUUUUGGACUGUAUGAGAUUCCAGACAGUGACAAAACCUUUUUUUUGUUACUCUGAUGAUGUAGUUUGAAUAAAUAUUUGAUACAACAGUAAA